AUGGAAUUGGAUUCUGAUCUGAGUUCGUCGUCUUCUGAAGAGGAAGAUGAUCUCCUUGCUUUGAUAUCUGGACAGAAAGGAGCCUCUCAAAACUCUGAUUCUAAACCAAAGAGUAGAUCAUCAACACCCAUGGCAGGUAAUAGGACUUUGCGGAGCCAAACACAGGAAGAAAGAGAUUUGAAAGACGAGUUCGAAAUAGAACUUCCCAGUAUUUUCACUACUGAUGCCAGAAAAAAUGAUCAUAUCAUACAGCAAGCCAAAGAGCUAGAGAAACAGGCCAUGGAAGAAAAGCAAGAGAUGAUGAAACAAGUCGAAAAGAUAAGAGCUGGGAAGCAGAACAUUGUCACUGAAUUGAAUGAUAACGGGACAAACGGUCUCAAGACUUUCAGCCUAGAAAAAGAUGAAGAGCUCAUAGAUAAGAUCUACAAGAAUAGUCUCAAAGUUGUCGAUGGAGGAUUGUCACUGCGGCAUUACUACUUCUUUUCAAACGUAUUUCUAAUCCAUGACAAUAGCUUGGAUACAAAAUUGCCAGUGAGAACGAGCCCAUUCUUUUUCCAGAGUUUGCAACUGAGGAAUGGAGCUCGGUCUUCAGAACUGUUUCUCAGAAACUAUUCUAUCCAGCUUGUUAAUCACUGCUUACUCACUAGCACUAAUAUCCACGAAUUGAAGUUGCUAAACAAGCAGCUUGAGAAAGGAAUAAAACCUGAAACCACAAACGCGCCUAAACUAACAACUUAUAUUGAUUUAAUCGGUGGAAAUGUUGAAGACGUUAGCAACAGUAGCAUGUCGAUUCCUGUCAAGUUGGACCACGUCAGUAACCAUAUCGAAAUGAACUUGAUUCGUUUAAGUAUAGUGCUCAAUUUGCACAUUACUGUGCUGAAUUUGGAAGUUCUGAGACAAAUUCUCGAUACUUUCAUCUUGGCUACUUCUGACUUCAAUGCAAAUGAACAUGCUUACAGUACAUUGCUUGAAUUUAUUCGGUCUCUAUUCCCGAGAAUUACCAGACAAUACACAGAGAGUAGAUUAGUACAGUUUCUUGUGAUUUAUCUCGAAACUCUCACUGGAUUUACUACUUAUAUCCACCAUGAAAAAGAUGGGCUCGAAAAGAGAACUAGAAAAAGAGACUAUGAACUCCAAUUCAAUCAUCUUAGAUUGUUAAAUCUUGCUUUUUCUGGGUCAGAAGAUAAAAGUGUCUUGAGAAUUGUAGCAACAUUGAAUUGCUGUUUCUUGCAAUUUCAAAAAGGUUCGAUGUCUAUGACUGAGUUAAGCGAGAGGUGGUAUACGAAAUUUGUGGAAACUAGGCGAUUCUGCCCUGAUGCAAACGACACAAAAAGACUUCUUCAAGGUUUAAGUAUCAACAAUAACGAUCUGGACUUGAAAAGUGGCAAUUUGGCUGUAAUUAACUUGAUCUACUUAAACCAUUAUAGAAUUCAGUUGCUUCGUUUUGUGCUUGUCUCCUCUUAUGAAGAUAACGAAAACAAUGCCCAACAGGUUGUGGAUAAGAAUACAUUUGAAAAGAUCAGAAGACAAAAUGUCGAUAAUUUCAAUGUUAUCGUCUCUUCCAUAAACACUCUCCGAGCCAGAGCAUACACUGCCAUACGACAUCUUGGAUCCAUGGAAGAUGUUCAUUUUGAUAGAGAGGAAAUCGUCCAGUUCAUCACCGAAGACUAUCUUGUUCUCAACUAUUUGCAUUCCAAGUUUGACCACUUAUUACGGCUCAUCCAGGACGAUAUUUUCUACCAUACUCCGACUCCGUAA